UAUGGGGAUGAAAUUCAAAUCCUACAUAAGCCCUCUUCCUAUGCCUUUCCUCAUCACCAGUUCUCUCAUUCUUCUUUCUCACUGUGAAGUUCAGAAUCAAAGGAUUCAUUGACAAAGAUUUGAGCUUUUCUGUUGUUAUUUCUGGGUCAAUUCUUUCUAGCUCUGUGAUGGCUUAUUUACGAUGGAUUCUGUUUCUGGGUAUGCUGUUUAUGGUUUCUCAAACAAUGGGGGCUCCCCCAAGAAGGCCUGUUGAUGUGCCAUUCGGCAGGAACUAUAUGCCUACAUGGGCUUUUGACCACAUCAAGUACUUCAAUGGAGGCUCUGAGAUCCAGCUCCAAUUGGAUAAAUACACUGGUACUGGCUUCCAAUCCAAAGGGUCGUACUUAUUUGGCCACUUCAGUAUGCAAAUGAAGCUGGUCCCAGGCGAUUCUGCAGGAACUGUUACUGCUUUUUAUUUAUCUUCUCAAAACUCAGAGCACGAUGAGAUAGACUUUGAGUUCUUGGGGAACAGGAGUGGUCAGCCUUACAUUUUACAGACCAAUGUGUUCACUGGAGGAAAGGGAGACAGAGAGCAGAGAAUCUAUCUCUGGUUUGAUCCCACCACGGCAUACCACCAAUACUCUGUUCUCUGGAACCUUUACCAGAUUGUGUUCUUUGUUGAUGACGUACCAAUUAGAGUAUUCAAGAACUGCAAGGACUUGGGAGUAAAAUUCCCAUUCAACCAACCAAUGAAGAUCUACUCGAGCUUGUGGAAUGCCGAUGAUUGGGCCACAAGGGGUGGGCUUGAAAAGACUGACUGGUCCAAGGCCCCAUUCAUUGCAUCCUACAAGAGCUUUCACAUCGAUGGGUGCGAGGCCUCUGUUCAAGCCAAGUUCUGCGACACCCAAGGCAAGCGUUGGUGGGACCAGAAGGAAUUCCAAGACCUUGAUGGGUAUCAGUACAGGAGGCUCAAGUGGGUCCGAUCCAAGUUCACCAUCUACAACUACUGCAACGAUCGGGUCCGGUACCCUACUCUUUCUCCCGAGUGCAAGAGAGACGCAGAUAUAUGAACACCAUAAAAGAUAAUUUAUGUUCUGUAUUUGGGUUUAUUUGAUAUCAUUAUUAUUUACGUCUUUAUCGAAUAUUAUUGUAAGAUUAUUGAAGGUUUAUUCAUGUGAUUUCCAUAUACUCUGUGGGGCACGUGUAUGAGUGCCAUUGUCAGUGGUGCUUAAUUGGGGUUUCCAGUUAUUCUUGUUACUUUGUUAUUUUAAAUGAAAUAAAAUCUAUUCUAUAUCAUUUAUAAUUAA